AUGACACAGAAUGAAGUCUUCCAGUACUCCACUAUGUCAGCCCUGAUGGCCGGCAUUGCGUCGCACGGCGCAGCCAUCUCCAGUGUGCUCGAGCACGGCGACCACGGCCUCGGGACGUUUCGUAACUUGGACGGAGAGAUGAUCGUGCUCGACGGGGCGGUCUACCAGAUGAAGUCGGACGGGUCCGUCGUGGCUAUCGAGUCGCCGGCGGACGUCAUCACGCCGUUCGCGACUGUGACGCGCUUCAAGGCCACGGCCAAUGCGAAGACCGCUGUCGGGAGCAAGGAAGACCUGUUAGACCUCCUAUCGCGCCUCUUUCCUUCGGCGCGCAACCACUUCGUGGCGAUCCGCAUCGACGGCGUCUUCAAGAGCGUCAACGUGCGCACGGCAGGCGGGCAGCAGUCGCCCCGCGAGUCUGCGACGGGCGUAGCCAACCGGCAAAAGGUGAACACGUUCCGCUCUGUGCGCGGAACCGUAUUCGGCUUCCGCGCGCCAGACUACUUCAUGGGCAUCAACGUGGCUGGAAUACACAUCCACUUCAUCAGCGACGACCGGAAGGAGGGCGGCCACAUCCUAGCGUUGGAGUCGGAAGGCGAGGUGGAUGUUGCGGCCGCGCAGCUCUCCAAAUUCCACCUAGAGCUGCCGACUGGCGACGACGACUUCAACGAGGCGGAGUUAGCGCCAGACGCAAAGGGCAUUGCGGCCGUUGAGGGCUAG